AGCCAAACCCCCUCCGGCGUGGGCUCUCAGCCCAAUGGCCCCGGGCAUAUGUGUUCGUAUUAAGUCGAUAGUCCCGAGUCCCGGGUCCACCGUUAAGCUUCCCUUUGCCGUCGUCCGUCUUGUCGUCUCGCAACAAGCAAACACCCCCCCUCCGGAAAGAUGCUUUGCCGCCCCUUGCGUCGCCGAGGCAAAGCUCAUCUUUCGCCGUGCUUCUUUUUCACCCCGUACUCUCUUCACCGUGGCGCGGCUCACCGCAGCUUGUACGAACCCGCCCGCUCCCGUCCCAUCUUCCGUCCAUCCGUACCUGAGCAAGCCAACUUUCUGUCCCUCCUGCAUGUCCUGCCUUCCAGCGGGCCCAACACGAUCUCGAUCGCUUUGCCCGGCCACGACCUCAACCAUUGGGUUUGGGUUUUUUAUCAGUCAGGGACAAGGGGGGUCUUGAACACUCGGACCCCCGGCAUGGAUACCUGUAGACGGGAGGGGGUGAUAAGCCUUAUUGGGGCCGUCACGAAUGCCACCUCCUCGAGACUCGCAAAUCUCCAGCCCACACAACCAGCGCAUCGCCAGCCAUCAAACACCAAACACCUUUCAGGAUGCCGCCAGCGCUAGCAAUCGCGGCUCCCGAUUAUACACAGUAGUGGCCAAGCGCACGCCGCGUGGCUUUGCGCCCCUGUCUCUGUCUCUCUCUGUUCAUCUCUCUCUCUCUCUCUGUUCAUCUCUCUCUCUCUCUCUCUCUCUCUCUCUCUCUCUCUCUCUCUCUCUCUCUCUCCCUC